ACGCCUAGCUUAACCAUUAUUAAUCAGUUAAACGUAUUUAGAAACAAAAUCAUUUUUAAGCACUUUUUAACACGUUUCUUUUUGCAUUCUUAAAUUCAUUUCGACUCUGCUGUCAUUAGUACCUUGGUGGCAGUCCGUAUACAACUGGUGAUUACAUCGAGUCAUUGAAAGCAAUUGUCAAUCUGAACACAUCAAAGCCACAACAUUCGACAUUAUGUGUGCGAAAAUGGCUUUUCAGCACCAAGCUGGUACCGCUAUGAAAUGUUUAAGUAUACCAAUUACAUUACACAAAGAAAUGGAAGUCAAUGAGAAUGGGGAAAAAGUAAUGAAAUGUGGCUUUAAGAUUGCUGGUGGAAUUGAUCAAGAUUUUAGGAAAAGUCCACAAGGUUAUACAGAUAAUGGUAUAUAUGUAACCGAGGUACAUGAAGGAUCACCAGCAGCUAAAAGUGGUCUUCGAAUGCAUGACAAAAUAUUGCAGUGCAAUGGGUAUGAUUAUACCAUGGUCACUCAUAAAGAAGCAGUGUCAUAUAUUAUGAAGCGUCCAGUAUUAAAUUUGUUAGUAGCUCGCAAAGGUGUAACCAGUACUUAAAU